AAAACAUGUGUUGGGCAUUCAGUCAUACAGUAUACUGAAAUAACAUAAUAAGAAAUUAUUAUCUUGCAUGCACAAUAUUGUUAUCUUGUGGAAAUGAAUUACGUUAUGGGCACAAGUAAAAUGUUAAGUUUUGCACACACUUCGAGCAGAACCAGGUUCAGGGUGAACAGCCAAUAUUAUCUCAGGAAAGUAAGGUGAAAAGAAUCAGUCCAAGCACAGAAUCUUGUGGAACUCCAUGACUAACUUUUGUUUGCAUAGAUGACGUACUGUAUCUUAAAAAUAUACACAGAUAAAUCUGAUAAAUACAGUUUAAAGCAACCACAUAAUAUGAUAAUUAAUUGUUCUAGUCUCUUUGAUGUGAUGAGGAAGUGUGUUAAAUGAUGCACUGAGAUCUGACGGGACAAGUACAGAGAAACAUCUACUAACAUCUACCACUAAAUCCUGACUGAAAAUCCUCCAACAAACUGUGGUUACUAAGAUAAUAACAGGCUAUGUGGUCAUAGCCUGUCUAAAAAGUGAUAUUUAUCAAAUUUAGUACGAGGUGCUAACUGAAGGAAAGCCUUCCUUAAGUAGCUUACUGUAGUUAGAAUCAGGACUAAACGACCAGUUGACGGUUUUGAUGAUUCUUUGAAGUUAGUGAAAGAAAGUGAAUUGCUGUAAAAUAUCAGAAAAGCAGGAAAAUGAAUGAACCAGUGUGUUGGGCCAAUAUGACCCCGCUAGCUGUUUUGAACGAAUGAACCCCUAGAAUCGACCAAUGGGGUUUUUACAGUACUCCAAACAACCCAGAAGUAUGAUCCAGGUUAUAAAAACCAAAAACAUGUUCACACAAUCAACCCAGCACCUUUUUUGAUUUUAUUUGCAUUCAAUCAGCGUGUGUGACACUUGUUGCAGAUGUGGUGAGUCUUUGCCAUCUGCAAGUCACACACUGUGGUGCAACACAUGAACUGUGGUUUUUUCUUUGUUUUGUAUGAAACCACUCACAGGGAAAGGAGCUGUGUUGAAAAGUUUUCUGUUUCCCACAUCAUUUGCCGGGGGUUUGUCCACGUCACGCUCGGUUUGCAGUGGCACUAUGUAUAACUUGGCCACGGAGGGUGAAUUUAGUCUGGCAAGAAAUAGCUUGACAGGUGAAACAUUAACUCCAAACAUUAUGACAUCCAGGGACGCUACUGUGAAGUGGCUCCCUCCUCAAGUCGGGCCCACAAUGGUUGUGAUUUUCAUUCUUAUACCAGCUUUAAGCAGUGCCAUCGAUGUUAACUGCUCCGAGUCAAACCAACCAGCCCUGCUGAAGGCUCUGAACCCAGUGUUUAACCUGAAGGCCAUACGCCCUGUGAUGAACCUGACGACCCCUACCAACAUCACAACCUACUUCACCAUGUAUGGAAUACUGGGUGUGGAUGAAAAGGCUCAACUCUUAGAAACAUACAUCUGGCUGCAUUAUUGGUGGCAGAAUGAGUUUGUCAACUGGGAUCCAGUCCAGUGCGGCUCCAAAAUGAUUUCCCUUCCAAGAUCCAUGUUUUGGGGGCCAGAUAUUGUCAUCAAUGAAUUCAUGGAUGAAAACACAGCCCCCUUUGUCCCGUACGUGUAUCUGUACCACAACGGCAAAGUCCACGAUGCUCUACCAGUCAGAGUUGUGAGCUCGUGUAACCUCGAUAUCUACACCUUCCCAUUCGACGUACAGAACUGCACCAUGACUUUUAACUCCUACUUACACUUCGCCAUGGACAUCCAGAUUUUCCUUGGCAGGUCUGCAGAAAACAUUACAUUGAAUUCCAAGAACGUGAUUACCACCAUGGGGGAGUGGGAGCUGCUGGAAAUCACCUCCUACAAAAAUGACUCAGGACAAGAUAAGAGUGACUACAUUGAUGAGCUUAUAUUCAAUGUCCGAGUGAGGCGCCGGGCCACCCUGUACGUGGUGAACUUGUUGAUCCCCAGCUGCUUCCUUAUCACAGUCGACCUCUUCAGCUUCUUGCUGCCUCCUCAGGCUGUGGACCGAUCCUCCUUUAAGAUGACUCUGAUCCUGGGCUACACCGUCUUCCUGCUCAUCAUGAACGACCUGCUGCCCAUCACUGGAAACAGCAUACCUCUCAUAAAUGUGUUCUUCUCUCUCUGCCUUGCUCUGAUGGUGACCAGUUUACUGGAGACCAUCCUCAUCACUAACCUGCUGAAUGGCUCUGCUGAUUUCUCUCCCCUUCCGCACUGGAUCCGUGUGAUUGUCCUACAGUUCCUGGGCUGCGUUGUUUGCCUGCCUCAGAAGACAAAAAAAACAAAGCGCUUCGAAAUGCCUGUGGUGGCAAAGCGGACAGCGAAUGAAGGGCCUUCAGAUGUAUCGGGGUCUGGUGCCGAGGGCAGGGCCGUUCAGGAGCUGAGGAGUCUGGGUAAAGACCUCCAGGCCAUCCGUCUCCAGGUGGAGAAGCAGAUGGGCCAAAGCGAGAGCUCUGAAGAGUGGAUCCAGUGCUGCCCGCUGAAAGUCAAGCCUUCUAAGGUUCUAUUCGUCUUCAUCUCUCUACUCUUGUAUGCCCCGUGCAGCCCCGCCAUGCUAAACUGUACCCGACCUGACCCGCUGUCCCUGCUGGAGGCUCUGAAACCGGUGUUCAACCUGAGUACCAUUAGACCUGUGAUGGACAUGUCGACCCCAACCAACGUCACCAUUGACUUUAUCCUGGCUGGAAUUCUGGGAGUGGAUGAAAAGGCGCAACUCCUGACGACGUAUAUCUGGCAAACUUUGGUGUGGAGAAAUGAGUUUGUCAGCUGGGACCCAGAACAGUGCGGUUCUUCGCGGAUUACAAUCCCAAGGAAUCUGCUCUGGGUACCAGAUGUGGUUAUCAAUGAGUUUAUGGAGAAGAACUCGGCUCCAUUCGUCCCGUACAGCUACCUGUUUUCUGAUGGCCGUGUGAUAGAUAAAAUGCCUGUCAGAGUCGUCAGCUCCUGCAGACUGGACAUCUACACAUUUCCAUUUGACACCCAGAACUGCACUUUGAGCUUCAACUCCUACUUACACACUAUUUCUGCUAUCUAUGUCAACCACUCGUCCAUAGAGAAAAUAGUAGAACUCUCUAAACAAGUGAUGACGUCUAAGGGUGAAUGGCAACUGGUUGGAAUCACAGUGAAGACGCACAUAUAUCCGACUACAUCAGGAGAUCCUUACCAAGAGGUUCGCUUCUAUGUCUCAGUGAGGCGGCAGGCCACCCUGUACGUGGUGAACUUGUUGAUCCCCAGCUGCUUCCUCAUUACAGUCGACCUCUUCAGCUUUGUGCUGCCUCCCAAGAGCGUCGACCGGUCCUUGUUCAAGAUGACCCUGAUCUUGGGCUACACAGUCUUCCUGUUCAGCAUGAAUGACCUGCUGCCCAUCACUGGGGACACCAUACCACUCAUAAAUGUGUUCCUGUCUCUGUGCCUGACUAUGAUGGUGGCUAGUUUACUGGAGACCAUUCUCAUCACCAACCUGCUGUGUGGCUCCGCCCACUACCGUCCUGUUCCCCGCUUUGUCCGGGUGUUGGUUCUUCAAAUCCUGGGCCGCCUGGUGCUGCUUUCUCCGAAACCCAGAGAUCCAGAGGACAGGGUCAUCCAAAAUCCUGCUGCAGGAGAAAUAAAAGCGCCCUCUCCUGUGGCAGAGGCCAGGGAGGCUCCAGAGCAGAAAGGACCGCUGGAAGAGGACAAGGCCCUGCAGGAGCUGAGGAGUCUGGGAAGGGAUCUCCAGGACUUCCACCUUCAGCUGAAGCAGCAGCUUGAUGGAAACCAGGGCUCAGAGGAUUGGAUCCAGGUGGGUUUUAUUAUAGACCGUCUGCUGUUCGGCCUCUACAUCCUCUUCAUAUCAGUCAGCUUCAUUACCAUGACUGUUAUCUGGCUGCAGUCAUACAACAUAUCCUAAGUUAGUUUUGAGUUGAUUUUAUUCUCCUAAUUUGUUGGAUUUUGUGUUUUUUACUGACAACGUUUGUUCAUAAAACUCAACUUCAACUAUCACAGUUCCUCUUUAUUAUUUCACUUUCAUAUUAUGUAAUUAUAUAGUCCAAUUUUGUCUUUCAAGAAAUGUAUACAUUUCAAGCCGCUGCAUUACGUCUUACAACAUAUGGAUGAAUGAGUAACAAUUAACACUGAAGAGUUUGAAAGCUGCUGAUCUGACUGUAGAAUAAAAUACUGUUGGGAAUUGUCAUUUAUGAACACUGUACUUCAACCAGUUUACAUUCAAGUUUUCCAUCACUGUUUUGAUUUGUCCUGACUAAUAUAUUGUAUUGCAUUAGGUUUAAAUGUCCCAGAAUUAUAUUGACAAAAUGGUGUAUUAUGUGUCACUUGAGUCAGUCAUAAACAUCAAAGAUUUCUAUGCUACAUGUUGGAACAUGGAUUUUUUUUCGUAAACUUAUUUAAAAAACAAAAUGUGUGCAUCUAUUAUCUGUUACUUUCUUAUGCUUUGUUUAUUUUCUAUCUGCGCUGUUCAGCACUUUGGAUCAACUGUGUUAUGUGUAAAGUGCUAUAUAUAAAUAAAGUUAAUUUGAUUUGA